AAAAAGAAGAAGAUUGUGAAGGACCCCGGCUUGCCGUCACAAUGGCCCUACAAGGAGGAGCUGGUUAAGGAAUUUGCCUUCUUGCGGGCUAAGGCAUUGGCGGAUGAGAAGCGCAAGAAGGAGGAGCGAAAGCUGUCGCAAACGAGGGCCCUGGACCUCCGUGGCAGUUUAUUUUGCAGGGACGGGUUGGUUGAGCGGCAGCCUGCGAGCCUCACGUCUAGCCUGAACCGUAGGGACAACUCCCGAAAGGCCUUUUACCGGGAGUUCCGUCGGGUGGUGGAGGCCUCGGACGUGAUCAUCCAGGUGUUGGACGCACGCGACCCGUUGGCCUGCCGCUGCCCCGAUGUGGAGCGAUACAUCCGGGAGACCAACCCCAACAAGAAGAUCGUCCUGCUGCUCAACAAGAUGGACCUGGUCCCCCGGGAGGUGGGUGAGCGGUGGCUCAGGUACUUCCGCGAGGAGCUGCCCACGGUGGCGUUCAAGUGCUCCACUCAGCAACAAGACCGGGGGCUGGGGCAGAAGCGCAUGCCGGCCAAGAGUGGCGGUGGCUCGGAUCUGUUGUCCGUCAGCGCCUGUCUGGGCGCCGAGACGCUGUUGCAGCUGCUGAAGAACUACACACGCAAUGCGGGCAUCAAGACGGCCAUCACGGUCGGUGUGGUGGGGUUGCCGAAUGUGGGCAAGUCCUCUCUCAUCAACUCGCUCAAGAGGGCGCGAGUGGCGCAGGUUGGCAACACCCCUGGAGUUACCAAGGCGGUGCAGGAGGUGGUGCUGGACAGGCACAUCAAGCUGCUGGACAGCCCAGGUGUGGUGUUUGCGUCUGCGGAGAGCGACGCGGCGGCGGCCCUCAGAAACGCCAUCAAGGUUGAGAAGUUGGCGGACCCUCUGACGCCCGUGGCGGAGAUACUCAAGCGGGUGCCCGCCAAGCAGCUCAUGAUGCUGUACAAGAUCCAGGCCUUCUCCAGCCCGGACGAGUUCCUGCACCACAUUGCUCUGGCUCGGGGCAAGCUACGUCGCGGCGGCACCCCGGACUCGGCAGCUGCGGCCAGGGUCGUGUUGCAGGACUGGAACGACGGUCGCAUCCCCUACUACACCACCCCGCCAGAGCGCCCCAAGACGGGUCUGGAGGAGGCCCAG